AUGAACCCAUUUGCCUUCCUUUCCUCGCUACCAAGUCCUCCGUCCAUCCAAACCAGAAAGGCCUUGCUGCUUCUUGAUUUUCAGAAUGAGUUCGUCCGCCCAAAUGGCCGACUGCCCGUUCACAACACGUUUGAUAUCCUCGAAACUAUCCCAGGUCUAGUCCAAAGCUUCCGGCGCACCGGAGAAGUUGUCUGGGUGCGUACCCAAUAUGAAGGGCCCCGUUCACUUAUCGACCCCGAAUAUGGCGGCGAACGGAUAGUUAUUUCGGGUGGUUCUCUGGAUACUAAGAACCAGAAGAAAGGACGUCAAGGCCGCGAUGACAAUAUCGAUGGGAGCGAGGAGAUUGACCCCGAAGCCUUUCUAUCAGGUCCGGAGCCUGCCUGUCUACCGCAGACGUAUGGCGUCCAAUUCCCGGCCCCGAUACUUGCGGCAAUUGAUCACGAACAUGAUUUUGUGAUCGAAAAGUCGGAUUACUCGGCACUACAGUCCCCCGGCAUGGUUCUGUCACUGCGAUCCCGUUUAGUCACUGAAUUAUAUAUUUGUGGAAGCCUGUCAAACGUGUCUGUCUAUGCUACGGCACUUGACGCUGCGCAACAAGGGUUUGCUAUCACAUUGAUAGAGGAUUGCAUGGGUUACCGCAGUUUCGCCCGUCAUGAGCAGGCCAUUCGACGACUUGCCGACAUUGUGGGCGCAAAUGGUAUGUCCGCACAGGAGCUGCUGGAUGACGACGACUGGGAAGAGACUCAAGAGAUUGCCCGGGCUUCGAGUCCUGCCCAAGGGCCAGCCGAGCCUCAACUAAGCAGUUCGGAUCAUGAGUCACGCGUUGUACAGCCGUCCGGCAUAGAAGGUGUAUUAGAUCAUCUUGUCGUCAAAACCUCUCCGCCUAUUAAACGAGUCUCGAUUACGGAGCAGCCCACCAACGCAGAUAAUGCUUAUACUGCCAGAUCGUUGCGGACGCCCUCUCCAAAUACUACCGCUCAUCGAGACGGUGAGAUAGAAGCAGAUGACAACCCAUAUGACGACGACGAUGAAGAGCCCUUGGUUUUACCUCCAACGAAAUAUCCUCGAGCUUUCGCUGCUUCUCGAGGAAUCAGAGAAACACGAAAUCUGGUUGCGAAUUCAACGAGAUUGCGCCGCAAUAAAUCGAGUGGAAACUCACCGUCUUCAUCUCGCCAGCCCAGGUCAGCCGCUGCAGGCUCAGCCUCUGCGCGGACGUCCGUUUCUCCUGCAACCUCAGUUAAUGCCACUAAAGGGUUAUCCGCUGCUUCACCUAAUUCUCCUGCACGCGGGAUCUUGCCAGCGCCAUCAUCCGAGCCGGCGAACUACGCAAAGAAAAAGAAGAAAAUCACUGGCAAGGAAUAUCUAGGGCCUGAUGAUACCAUUGCCGAAGGCGAUUCGCGGAUUGUAUACAAUCUCGACUUGCCAAUUGAUGCCUUUGAGAAGAUCCAUAAAGAGGUAAAUUGGCAGAGAAUGUAUCACAUGUCGGGCCAGGUUCCGCGCCUUGUGGCUGUACAGGGCGCUGUUUCCCAAGACAAAUGUUUCCCCGUCUACCGCCACCCUGCUGACGAAUCUCCAACUCUCGAGCCGUUCACAGAGACAGUGAAUGUGGUCCGCACAUGUGCGGAACGGAUCGUGGGUCAUUUGUUGAACCAUGCACUGAUUCAAAUGUACCGUGACGGUCAAGAUAAUAUCUCUGAGCAUUCUGAUAAGACUCUUGACAUAGUCCGUGGUUCGUCCAUUGUCAAUAUCUCAUUGGGCGCACAGCGAACGAUGACUCUGCGGACAAAGCGGUCUGCACCAACUGAUGGCAAGACGGCGGAAAACGAUAAUGACGAUGACAACGCGAGUCACAGCCGUCAGAAACAACAGGUGCUGAUGCCGUCUGGUUCCAUGUUCAUACUUGGCCCAUCGUCUAAUAUGCGAUGGCUGCAUGGUAUUCGACCUGAUAAACGACCCGAAUCUGAGAAGUCUUGUGAGGAGAAGGCUUAUCAUGGCGAGCGCAUUUCAUUAACGUUUCGAAAUAUUGGCACUUUCAUCAACCCUGAAUCUCAGACAAUAUGGGGCCAAGGCGCCAUAUCCAAGCGGCCUGAUUCGGCGAGAAAAGUCAUUCACGGCGACGCAGCGGAAACCGAGAGACUUAUUCGAGCAUUUGGCACGGAAAAUCGGGAAACAAAUUUCGAUUGGGAUGGUGUAUAUGGAUAUGGCUUUGACGUUGUCAAUUUCAUAGAACCCGCCGUUACACGUCUAGACUUGUGCGGUGACUCUAUCGCUGAUAUGCGAGUCAGGUUGUGUCUGACCGAAAACGGCAUGCGAUAUGAAGCCGUCUAUCCACUGAACCUACCUCAAACUACAUAUACUAGUCCUGAUUCGAAGACUGUCAUAGCGGGUGAUAUUCCAAUUUUGCUGUAUCUUGCUUCAUUGGAUUCUGCUUCUAUUUCUGCGAGACCUGGUGUGAAUUUGGUCCGCGGAGGGGAUUCCCUUGCCGAAAUUUCGAACUUGGAUAGAGCCUCGCGAGAACAUAUAUUGAACAGUCCCGAACCAGAUUAUGGACUACUUUCAGUCUGGAAUGAUAAACUGCGAGAAGCAGAAGCUACAGUCGGCCAUCACUUCGUCUCGGGACCAACAUUCACCGUCGAUGACAUCGCACUAUGGCCGAUUCUAUACGAAAUCGAAAAGCAAAAAGGGAUCAUAUCUGGAUCAACACAAUACCCAUCUCUCUCGGCUUAUUACCAGCGGAUAGAGAAAAGGGGCUGCGUUCGCGUAGUCUUGGGCGAAAUAUCGAAUAAUCGAGGACGGGAUGCGCUGUGCUUAUCUCCCGGCCAUUGA